AUGCUGCUUUGGAUUGUCUUGCUGAAGGCGGCUCUUUGUGUUGCUAUUGGAAAUGUUACAAAGGACAUUUGUAAGGAGCAGAUCUGCUCCUGCAAUGAGAUAGAAGGCGAUUUGCACAUUGACUGCGAAAAGAGGAGCUUCACUAAUCUGCAUCAUUUGACUGGUCCUAGCUCCCAGUUCUAUCACUUGUUAUUGCACGGGAAUUCUUUAUCCAGGCUGUUUCCCAAUGAGUUUGCUAACUUUUACAAUGCCGUAAGCUUGCAUUUGGAAAACAACGGACUGCACGACAUUGUUCCAGGUGCUUUUCUGGGAUUGCAGCUAGUAAAACGCCUCCACAUAAAUAAUAACAAGAUACGAUCGUUUAGAAAGAGUACAUUUCUGGGAUUAGACGAUUUGGAAUACCUUCAGGCAGAUUUUAAUCUAUUGAGGGACAUAGACCCCGCCGUGUUCAGGGACUUAAAUAAACUUGAAGUGUUAAUUUUAAACGAUAACCUCAUCAGUGCACUACCUAUAAACGUGUUUCUGCAUGUACCCAUCACCCACCUCGACCUACGUGGGAAUCGAAUCAAAACGUUGCCUUAUGAGGGAAUUCUUGAACAAAUUCCGGGUAUUGCAGAAGUUCUAUUGGAGGAUAACCCCUGGGACUGUAACUGCGACCUGGUUUCCCUGAAGGAAUGGCUGGAGAAUAUACCGCAGAAUGCGCUCAUCGGCAGAGUCAUAUGCGAGGCUCCUACAAAACUACAGGGAAACGAUUUGAACGAGACAUCAGAGAUGGAGCUGUGUCCUUCAAAGAAUGGCGUUGACUUGAGUUUGGUUGCACCUCCCACCCAAGACGAGACCUCAGAACCUGGACCCGUUCCAACUCCUUACAAGGCAAAUGGUGAUCCGGGGCCCCCUACGCCAGGGAAUGGACCAAGGGGACGGUCCAAAUCGCGUGAAAACUGGCAGUUAAAAACAAGACCCACAUCUAUGACCGGUGUGAUCGGAGAGAGAGACCAGCUGCACAAUGCAUCUUGCCCCCAACCAUGCGUCUGUAAACUUGUUGGAUCUAGACAAGGGUUAGGAGUUAAUUGCGAAGGCAAGAAGAUAGAGAGUUUGGCUACCCUAAAACCGAAACCUCUUACUGCACACGAAUUAAAUAUGAGAGAUAAUAACAUACAUGCUAUUAAAAAGAAUCAACUUAGUGGUUAUUCAAGCCUCAACCUACUUGAUUUAGGUGGAAACAACAUCAAAGUGAUAGAAAACAGCACUUUUCACAACCUAACUGAGUUAAGAUGGUUGUAUAUGGAUAAGAAUUAUCUGGAUACACUCAUGGCGGAAAUGUUCGUUGGUCUCCAAAACUUGGAAUAUCUCAGUCUGGAAUAUAAUGACAUACAACUCAUUGUGGCAGGUGCAUUCAGUCCUAUGCCCAACCUGGGGGUGCUGUUCCUCAACAAUAACUUGCUGAAAUCUCUACCUGUGGAUGCUUUCCUUGGAAUUUCUUUAUCAAAAAUCAGCCUGCAUAAUAAUUAUUUCACAUUUCUCCCAGUUGCUGGUGUCUUAGAUCAACUCAACUCGAUAAUACAGAUUGAUUUGCAUGGGAAUCCAUGGGAUUGCUCCUGCAACAUUGUCCCUUUCAAACAGUGGACGGAGAAACUGGGGGCAGACGUCAUAGUGAGUGAUCUUAAGUGUGAAUCUCCGGAAGAGUUCUGGAAAAAGGAUUUCCGUCGAGUCAGAAAUGGUCUCAUGUGCCCCAAACUUUAUGACAAAAUAUACCCCACAACUCUUUCAAAAAACAGCACUUUAACUGCAGACACAGGGACGCGCUCGAACUCCUAUCUAGAACCAAGCAGAGUCUCAAUAUCUGUGCUGGUCCCUGGGCUGUUACUGGUAUUUGUCACGUCUGCGUUCACUGUUGUAGGGAUGCUUGUCUUCAUUUUGCGGAAUCGCAAGAGAUCAAAGCGAAGGGAAGGUAACUCCUCUGCGUCGGAGAUCAAUUCCUUACAGACAGUGUGCGACUCGUCUUAUUGGCACAGCGGGCCUUACCAUGCAGACGGGGGCGCGCACAGGGGGUUCGACUGUAGUGCCCAUAUCUCCACGACAAAUGACGCGUAGAAUCGCUGUUGAUAAUAGGCUGGAAUACAAACAAACUGAUAAAACAUACAGACAAAUGACUGCGUGCAGUGGACAAAAUUGCA